AUGCCGGCGGUCCUGCAGCUCGCGCUGCUGUCGGUGGUCGCGCUGUGCGUGGCGCUGCUGCUGCAAAGAGCCGGAGUCAAUAACAGCAGCAGCAGCCAGGAGAGCAAAGCUAAGGGGCCUGCAGGACAUUUCCCUCCAAUGCUCCACAGGAAGGUGGCUCCAGAGCCUGCUCGGGCGUCUGGGGGGCAUUUUUCCCGGGCUCAUAACCCUGAGGCCAUCGCCAGAGCAAAGGGUGGUACGGCAGCAGGAGGCAAGUCCAACCUGGCGGGACAGAUCAUUCCAGUCUAUGGAUUUGGGAUUCUUCUGUACAUCCUUUACAUUAUUUUUAAGAUCACCUCUAAAGGGAAAACGACCCAACCACAUGAGAAUAGGUUUCCUGCUGUGAGAUCAGAAAACCUGAAGAGGAAAAUUUCUGACUUUGAGCUCAACCAGCUUCAGGAGAGGCUGAAGGAGACGGAGGAAGUGAUGGAGAGAAUAGUGUCCAGAGCCCAGGCUCAGUGCGGAAGUCCAGAAAGGAGGGCUCCUGUCAGUGCAGCCCAGGAGGAGGCGCUGCUGCUCCAGCUCAGGGAGAUCACCCGGGUCAUGCAGGAGGGCCAGCUAAUGGAAGGGUUUUCCCCAGAGCAGAAGACUACAGACCUCAAUUAUGAGCAUUAUGUGGAAGAUUACCCUGAUGGGACAGUCUAUCCCGAGGAGCUGAUGAAUGAGUGGCAUCAGCACUGCUGUAGAAGCCAUUUCCAUCAGUCCAGUAAGGUCCACUGCAGGAAGGAUGGAGAUGUGGCUGGAGAGAUGGAAGGAGAGAUAGACAAAGAAAUGGACCGAGAGAUGGACAAGGACAGAGGAGAGACAUGUGCAGACGGAGGGAACAGGCAGGAUGGGGAACAUGUGCACAAUGACUUUGAUGAAGACUAUGUUUAUAAUGAGGAAGAUGUUAGUACUGAAGGCUGUGAUGAAGAUGAAGAAGUGGCUGGUGAGAUGAUGAAGGGCCUGGAGGCAGCGGAUGACAAAACAGUUCACAAACUUUCACCUGAAAGAGAAGUUCUGGUCUGGAACACUUCGAUCUCAGGCAGUCGACUGAUAAGACGGAAGACCAAGACUGAAGCAGUCGAAGUAACUGAACGACCUGAAUAAAAUAUCCCUACUUUAUUUAUGUAUUUAUAAUUUAUAGUAUUGAUUAUAUGAGGACUGUGGCUGAUGAUAAUGAUUUUAUAAUUCAUUUAAUAUUAUUUGAUUCAGAAAAUAUUGUUAUA